UUGUCCCAGUAAUCUUGAGCCGUUGGAACCUCUUUUCGGAAAGACUCUCUGGGAUGUGAAAUGAACGGUUCUCCUUCCCCGUUAGUCCAGUGACCGGAUCAUAAAGAGGAACUUUACGGGGUUAAAACUAAUAUAAAUGUAUGUACAGACAGUUUGAAACAGCAAGAGGGAAUGAUCGCUGUUUGUCUUUAAAGGGGCGUGGUUUGUACCCCGACACACAUAAACACGUCCUUCCUCGCACGCACAUACACGCGCGGGCGAGCGCACACACACACAUAACUUUACUGUAGCAACCAGGGUGCUCACAAAGCGUCGACCCUCCGGAGCAGAAGCUAAGCAGCUCCCUCCCGGCGAGAGGAAAUGAAGAGGAGGCUCCAUAAGAAGUACUUGGUUCUGAUCCUGGCAUAUUCAGGGUUACUCUUACUAAUACCGUACGUCUUAGAUUACCGGGAUAAAUCCGUGCAACAUGGGAAACCCGGACUAACGCAGCAACAGCUGAGAUGCCCGGAGCUGGAGAACACGGUGGCACUGCUUUGGGAUCACGGUUACACGGGGAACGGCAGCGACGCGGCGGAGCCAGCGGUCAACAGGAGCCAAGCUCGGAUACACAUCUACCUGCACGCCACAUGGAGGACUGGAUCCUCGUUUCUGGGGGAGUUGUUCAACCAGCACCCCGAUGUGUUUUACCUCUACGAGCCGAUGUGGCACAUAUGGCAGGCUCUGUACCCGGGGGACGCGGGCAGCCUGCAGGGCGCAGUGCGGGACAUGAUGAACGCGCUUUACCGCUGCGACUUCUCCGUGCUCAAACUUUACGCAGGCUCACAGAACAUCACCACGUCGUUCAUCUUCGGCUGGAAAAUGAAUAAGGUGAUCUGCUCGGAGCCGCUGUGCACAGCCCACAAGAGGCAUGAGAUUGGCCUGGUGAGGGAGGACCAGUGCGCCAAGUGCCAAAAGAGGGACAUCAGGGAGCUGGAGAAGGAGUGUAAAAAGUACCCGGUGAUGGUGAUCAAAGGAGUCCGCGUUUUGGACCUGAGCACAUUGGUUCCUCUUAUGAGGGACACAGCGAUCAACCUCCAGGUGAUCCAGCUCUUUAGAGACCCAAGGGCGGUGCAUAACUCCCGCUUGAAGUCCAAACAGGCCCUGGUGAAGGAGAGCAUCCAGGUGCUGAGGAGUAAAAAGCAGGCAGACAAGUACAAGCGUCUGCUGGUGCCGAGCAACAAGGUGAACCGUGCUGAGAGCUACGUCUCCAGCGCCAUGGAGCUCAUCUGUGACAACUGGUUGAGUGACAUGAUGCUGGUGAUGAACUCGCCUCCCUGGCUGAGGAGGAACUACCUCCGCAUCCGCUAUGAGGACCUGGUCCUGCAUCCCAUGGAGGAGCUGCAGAGGCUGUACCGCUUCUCCAACCUCUCCACCUUCCCUGCUCUGGAGAAGUUUGCGCUCAACAUGACGCACGGACAAGGUUACUCCUCUGACAGGCCGUUCCUGAUCUCAUCCAGGGAUGCUAAAGAGGCGAUAUACGCCUGGAGGGAGAGACUCAAUGUGGAGCAGAUCAACCAGGUGGAGGCUUACUGCAGUGAAGUCAUGAGGCAGCUGGGGUACCAGAAGAACAGCGUGGAGAAGACGACAUGAGGCCGUGCCCCAGGAAUAUAUAAACUAAGGGGCCUGGUAUUCAACGCUGAAGGCAGAAGGUGGAAUAACUGAACAAGCAGCUGGAAUUUGGUCCACCGGGAGCUCACGAGCACGGCUCUCGGGUUGUUUUCCUUCAGCCGAGCCGGGUCGAUGAACUGGAGAAAAUUCAAGUGGAAGGAGCGGCCAAUCACAGACGGAUGAAUUUGAAACUGGGAGAAGGCAGCUUAUUUUUAUAGUGUUUAACUCCAACAGGCUCCGUGCUGAUAGAGAGUAGGUGGGAGGGGACAUAAACAAGCAGAGAGAGGAGGCUGGUUUGUGCGGCCGUUACACUGGCCCUCCUCUAUCCCUCUGUCCUUUUAGUAGCACUAAUCCCUCCACAAAUCCCCUGCAGGCGAGGCCAUAAAAAGCCGAGAUGGGUCCUUCUUGGGAGGUGACUGCCAGGAUCCUGGGUGGCAGCGUCAGGUUCACUCACACCUGUUUAUCCGUCCAGCCUGUGACUAAGCACAGCAUAACUGACACCUAACUGCAGUUGGCGUACUAACAAUGUCAAAGUGAAGUUUUCAAAGAAGACUGUACAGUGUUUUCUGGAAAGGAGGCCUGACUGAGGAGCUAUUGUUCCUCCCCCAGCCCCUCAGGAAUCCAGACAGCUGCAGCACCCCACUGACAAAACGCUCACAUGGGUGUGAAAUUUUUGAAUAACCCAAGGACGUGUCUUUGAGGGCUGCUCUGCCCUCCACUAUGAACUUUUUACUGUGUUCUCACAACACACUGUACUGAUUCUGUUUUUUGGAGUUUUUAUAGUUUUGUCUAAAAUAUUGUAAAAUGCUGCGCCAUUCCUCUGCUUAAGAAAGGGGUUCUACGUUUACCAGCAUCCACAUGUUCAACUUUAGAAGUUGGUUCUGUAAUAAUUGUUCUGGAUGGACUACAUGAAGAAGUUCUCUUAUCAAAGAAAGACAUAACUUUGAGGCUAUUUAAACUGACUUCAAUAAAGAGUUAGUGAAAACUA